AUGGAUUCGCCUAUAGAAUCUUAUAAAAAAGGAAAUUAUGAAUAAGUACUACAAGUCUUGAAUUCCUAACCUAACAAACUAAUCGAAUGCAAGACUCUUCUUAAAUUAUACUAAUUCAAGAACCCUAUACCUAUGGGAUCUUGUAUUUCUAAAAUCAAUUCAGAUUUACUUUCAAAAGUCUAAACACUCUCAAAUGAACUUCAAGGUUAAGAUAAAGACUUAAUAGAUACUAUCUUAGAUUACUAUUUAGAUAAAGAUGUUAAAUUAGGAACCUAAGAUGAAUAGAAGUUCUAUUUUGGGCUUAGAUAAUUAGAGCUGUAAGAAUAUGAAGAGGCACUUAAAAUAUUCAAUUCCUUAGGAGAUUUUGAUAAUAUAGAUGAUUAGAAACAUAAACUUAAAGUUAUAGCUGAAUGUUAAAUCAAUCUAAAUUAAUAUUAAAAAGCAAUCAAGAUUUUAGAACAUGCAGGAGAAAGUAGUUAUUGCUAUGCCUUAUUAUCAGAUUCUUAUUUCAAAUUGAAUUAAAUACAAUAAGGAUAAUAAUGGAUGAAAGAAGCUUUAAAAAUUAAUUAAGGUUGCUAUUAUGCAUUAAUCAAUCAAACUAAAAAUGACAAUAAUAUUGAUUAAUAAAUUAAAGUUAUCAAUUCAUUUCUUGAUAAAGAUCCAACUAAUUUCAGAUUGAUUAGAGAAUAUAUUAAUGCAUUAAUCACUAAAGGAAGUACUUAAGUUAUUAAAUCUAUGGGAGAAUAUGCUUGUAGACCAAGAGGAGAAUUUAUGAAUUAAUUAUAAGAAAAAGUUGACAAAUUACCAAAAUGCAAUUCAACUCAUUAUUUACAAGCCUUAAUACAUUAUUUUAAUUAUAAAAAUUUAGAUGCUAUUACUUUUUUUGAAUUAUGUAUCAAAAAUAAUUAUAGAAUAUUUGAUUCCAAAUUUUAUAUCGCUUUAAUUCAUAAAGAUUAAUUUAAAUACAAAGAAGCAGUCUAAGAAUUUAAAAAAUUAAGUUAAGAAGUAACAGGAUAAUUAAAAGAUGAUUCUCAUUUUUGGAGAGUUGUUAUGUACAUUGAAUUAAAUGAGUUAGAUUAAGCUUUAAAAGAAUUAGAAUAUGUCUAACCAAAUGCCCAGAAUUAUACAUUAAUUAGCAGACUAUAUUUUUAAAAAGGAAAUAAAACUUAAGCAGAAACAUGGUUAAAGGAAGCACUUAAAUUAAAUAGCAAUUGUUUUUAUGCUAAAGUUGAGAAAGGUACUUAAGAUGCCAAAUAUGAUUGUAUCUUAUUAUUAGAAUAACUCUUGAAAAAUGAUCCUUAGAAUAUGUGUGCUAAAUAGGCAUUAGUUAAAUAUUUAAUAAUGCAUUCUGAAAACUCUAUUGCAUAUGCUUGGGGAGAAUAUGCUUGUAAACCAAAAGGAAAAGAGAUUCAAAGAGCAGUUGAAUUAAUUUAAUAGAUUAAACAAGUUAGAGAUUGUGUAUAAUUGGAAUAUUUUGAUGCUAUUUGUAAAUAUUACUUAAAUGAUUUAAAAGAGUCAGAAUAAUUAUUUAAUUAUUGUAUUGAAUAAAAUCAUCAAUAUUGGACUUGUAAAUACUUUUUAAGUUUGAUCAAAAAAGAUUAGAUGAAAUAUAAAGAAUGUCUUGAGCUAUCUCUUUAAGUGUUAAAUCAUAUUGAUGAAUUUAAAUAAUAAUGUCAUGCUAAUAGAGCAUGGAUAUAUAUUUAAUUAAGUUAACCUGACAAAGCAAUUAAAGAAUUAGAGAAAAGUACACAUGGAUGUUAAUAUUAUGUAUUAUUGGGUUAAGCAUAUAUUAUGAAAGGGAAUAGUAUUUAAGCAAAUACUUGGUUCAAUGAAUCAUUAAAAGUUAAUCCUAAUUGUCUAUAUGCAAAAAUAAAUAAAGCAAUUUUAGAACAAAGGUAAGAUGAGAUUCUCAAAUUAUUGGAUAAUGCGUAAAAAUCAGACCCAGAUAAUUACGUCAUUACUUGGUAUAGAGGAAAAGUCUUAUUAAGAUUGAACAAAUUUGAUUAAGCAAUUUAAUUGUUUGAUUAAUCAAUCAAUAAUAAAUAUGUUAUAGCUUAUGCAUCUAAAGCAAAGGUUCUAAGAGCUUAACAAAAGUAUGAAGAAGCAUUAAAAACAGUUGAAUAAGGUUUAUAAAUUGAUGAAUAAUUGCCACCCUUAUUUAUUGUUAAAGCAAGCAUAUUAUAUGAUUAAAAAAAAUAUGAAGAAUCAAUUUAAAUUUGUAAUUAAGUUAAAGAUGAUUAAAAUGUCCAUGCAUUAAGAUUGAAAGCUUUGUGUUUGAGAUAAUUAGAUAAGAAAGAAGAAGCUUUAAAAUUGUAUGAUUAAAUAUUGUAAAUUGAUAAAUUUAGUAUUUAAUCAUUUAUAGGUAAGGCUCAAAUAAUUAAAGAAAAUGCUGAUAUUUAUCAAUUGAUAUAAUAAUUAAGUGAUAUUGUUAUGCAUAAGAAAAUGUAUAAAGCUACUAUAAAUCCUAUAGUUGUCCAUAAUUGUCAGGAUUUAAUAAGAUUGAAUCAAGAAUUUGAAAAUAAAGGAGGUGUAAUAUAGAAGGUAAUUGCUCAUGGAUAAAAUUUGGAUAAGUAGAAAUAGGAGUAUGAAUAACUAUUUCGAUAAUAAUAAUAAUUAUGUGAUGAAAAAAUUAAUUGCAUUAUGAAUCCAAUCUGUCAUGUUAAAGUAGAUACAACUGAAGAUAUAAUUAAGAAACUAAAUAUAUUGUAUAAAUAAAUGUCAGAAAUUCAAUUAAAAUAACAGACUUAAGUUUAUGAAUAACAACUCAACAAUAAAACAUUUUAAGAUUGCUCAGCUGAAGAAUAAAAAAUUUGGGAUUCAAUUAAUAAAGAAAAUUUGAUAAAAUAAGUUUAAUCAUGGAAUUAAGAUAAAUAAUAGAAUGAUUAAAAUAAAUAUAAUUACUCUUUGGUAUUUUAUAAUUUGAUUUUAAAUCAUUUGAAUUCUUAUGGGAGUAUACAAAACGAUAAAAUCAAUACAAAUGAAGAUAUAUAUAAAAUAUUAUCUUUAGGAAAUAGUUUUGUAAUCUUAGAUGAUAUUAUUGAUAAUUCAUUUACAAUGAUUAAAAUGAUAAAGUAUGAAAAUAGAAUGAAAUCGUUGUUAAAAGUAAUAAAAGAAAAUUAAUUAACAAAUAAAUGUGAAAAUAAUAUCUCAUUAGUAAUUGCAUUAUGUGCUUAAAAGUGUGCUGAUCAAAUCGAUUUUACAAAGGAAUCUUAAUAGAUCUAAUCACAUGCAUUUAAAUACUAAAGCAAGUUUUUGAAUGAUCAAAUAGAAGAAUUUGUGAAUAAAUCAUAAAUCCCAGAAUUAUAAUUACUGAGUGGAAAAUAAGCAAUAAAAGAUGUUUUAGUAGUGAUUUGUUACAUCCAACAUAAUUUCAUUGCUUUAAUCAAUAAAUCAAAAUAAAUCCCUCUUUAUGAUCAAAUAUCAGAAAUAAGAAAUAAACAUUUUGAAUUAACAACAGAGAGUCAUCCAGUUCAUUAAAGAAUAAAUGAAUACAAUGGAAAUUACACAAUAAAGGAUUACAAAGCAAACCCUAUGAGAGACAAAUAAUAAGGAGAUGAUGGAUGUUGUACAAUAAUGUGAAAGAGAUAUAUGAAACAUAUAUAUUUAGAUUAU